AAGUGAAAAGUACCAAAACUUUGGCCUCCCUUUUCUGAAAGCAUCGGCUCUCUGUCAGAUCUGGGAUAAUGGACGUAAAGGACAGGCGACAUCGCUCUCUGACCAGGGGACGGUGUGGCAAAGAGUGCCGCUACACAAGUUCCUCCCUGGACAGCGAAGACUGCCGUGUGCCCACGCAAAAGUCCUAUAGCUCCAGUGAGACUCUGAAGGCCUAUGACCACGACAGCAGGAUGCACUAUGGAAACCGAGUCACAGACCUCGUUCACCGGGAGUCAGAUGAGUUUCCAAGACAAGGAACUAACUUCACCCUUGCGGAAUUGGGAAUGUGUGAGCCCUCCCCACACCGAAGUGGCUACUGUUCUGACAUGGGGAUCCUUCAUCAGGGCUACUCUCUGAGCACAGGGUCUGACGCCGACUCCGACACAGAGGGAGGGAUGUCUCCAGAACACGCCAUCAGACUGUGGGGGAGAGGGAUAAAAUCCAGACGCAGUUCCGGCCUGUCCAGUCGUGAGAACUCAGCCCUUACUUUGACCGAUUCUGACAACGAAAAUAAGUCAGAUGAUGAGAACGGUAGGCCUGCUUCUUAAAUACCUUUUAAUGUUCUGGGUAUGGCGCAAUGUGGCGUUUGGGAUGUCUGUGUUUUAAUAAAGAGGAGUACAAAACCAUUCAUUUUCUUUGAAAUCGACCUUGUCUACCCACUCUGAGCUCGGGAAAAAUAAACCGGCAAACCUCAAGCACACAAGAAAUGAGGAGAGAAUUUUAAAAUCACAUUUUGAUGAUAACACAGUAUUCAGCUAUAGUCAGUUGGUCUUAUUAGCAAGUAAAUUACAUUGCAAAAGAGGCAACUUGAUAAACUAUGACCUAUACCUAGAAAAUGUCCUCUUGCCACAAGUUUCUAGGUCUUCGUAUUGAUUUCCCCUUCCCAGUAAAUGGCAACCCGGGUUAUUUUUUUUCAUGAAGAUCUCUUAAGAAUCCUACCUUAUCUUAGACUUUCAUUUCCAGGCGGCAAUGCCUCAUAUCCGUAUUGAAGAUCAAACCUGGAACAGAUGCUCUGGAGUUUAAUAAUGACAAAUAGGAAGAGACUUGUCUUCAAAAAAGUAUUCUCUUCUGUGUUCACUUUCCUCCUUGGUACCUAUGUAGGUUAAUGGCUUCCCACAUCUUCUGUCACAAAUCACUAUUGCUUAUCCAUCAGCUUUGUAGAUGGGUUUUAAUGAAACUUUGAAAAUUAAAUGCUUCCGAUCAUUAAGCAGUAAAUAUAGGGAAGCCUCGGCAAGUCAUUAAAGAGAUAAGGUGCUUAUUUCUGGAUUUCUUAGUGACUCAGAACUGUGUUUAGUCAAAAACAUCUCUUAAAAGAUAAAUUGCAUUAGGUACAGUUGAUUUAUGAAGAAAACAUCAAAUGCUAUGCGAUUUGUUAUGAAUAUAUUGUGUGUUUGCGGAAAGAAUUACCAUUAAACUGUUUACCAACAGAUCAGUUAAGAAUGUUUAUGUAAAAUAUUAUAAACUUCUACUAGAGCAGCUUUAAGUAUUUUCUUCCAUUUAAAAGAAGAAAAAGAAAUUCACAGGCGGACAGCUUGUUGUGAAUGCAAAAGCAUGGCUAAAUAUCGUUUAAUCUCAAAACUGUGUUGAAAAUACAUCAUUUCCUGGGUAAGUCGCAUAUAUCCAAAAAGAUGUCACUCUGUUGCAUUUUAAUUUGUGUUUAAUUCGGAAAUAAUUUAUUCUAUAGUGGGGACAAGGAGAUGUGUCUUACUUAUGCCUCCGUUCAUGUAGCUAAUCAAGGUGCACACUCAAGGAAAAAUCUGUACUUGACUCAUUUUGAAUUUUAACAAAAUUUUUGACACUUGGCACAUUCAACACUCUAAGGCACUUAUCGGAUAGGAAAUUACUUUUGGAAGUUUUCAUAAAGGCAUACAUUGAAUCCAUUUACUGAUGUACUUUUUCAAGUCUGUGUGUGUCCAAUACUAUUUAAAUGGAAGUAGUUUGAUUGCUUAAUAAAUAAAAUCACUUGUUAUCCAAGCAUAUAUGGCACAUUUUAACAAGGUCUUUUGGCAAAUCUUCCACGGUGGUAUUCUCACUGGUCUCGUGGGAACCAUCUCUACAAAAUUUAAACAUGUUGGUAGAAUCUGCACCCUCUCUUUUAAAAUCUAUAUACAUGUUAAAAACCUAAUAAAAAGAGUUUUCUAGUGAAACAAAGGGAGCAAAAAACGCUUGCCUUGAAUUUACCUAGAACUGUUAUGGGUAGGAGAACUUUAUAAUUAAUAAUGUAUUUGGUAGACCAAAAGUAGUCUCUUUUUUCCAGUAUUCUUUAAGGCAUCAUAUAUGAACAAUUUCCACCUUUGGGGAGUCUAUAUAAAUCCCUAUAUAUGGGUAAAAAAUAAACCCUUGAGUCUAGUGUCUCGAGAUUUUCCUGUAAUGCUAGUUAUAACGCAGUCAGAAUUGCAUAAAGAAAUCUGUACUUGAAAGUACUGAGAGACUCUUUUGUGCCUGCAUCUGGCAGAGCACAAAAGAGGUAAGGAAGCCAGAGUUCAAGCUUAGGCGUUAGAGGGUUAUUUUAAAAAUGUACAGAUAAAAUGUAUGUCCUUUUCUCUCUUUUUAAAAAAUUUUCAGCAUUCCACAUAUUCCCAAGAUGUACAUAAUGCAUGUUCUGUUCUCAUUUGGGGCCAAAAAUAAAAAUAAGAGAUUUUGCACAUCCCAUCAUAAACUCAUUAAGCAAAUAAAAAGUGAGUUGUGAGCCACUCUGCAGGCUGAGGUGUUAACUUCAGUAAACUUCUUGUUCUUUCUCUUUGACAAAUUCUGUUUAGCUCACAAAGAAAUCAAUGCAUUUUCACAUGACUGAUUUUAUGAAGUUUGGGAAUGUAUUAUCAUAUAGAUUGACAGUUGCCCCACUGGUUCCACACCACAGCGUGGACACUUACAAAGCCAUCAUUAAUUUCUCACACUUGUACCCUGCAAUGGCUUCCUCCGUAAUAAACACGCUGUCCUUCAGAACCAAAUCAAUAACCUUUUAGGUAUGCCUCUCCUGAAGAGGAAGUUAAAGAAUCUAUACUUUGAGAAGGAAGCUCUCGGAUUCAAUUUUAGAUUUUAAAGAUAGGUGCUCACAAAAUGAAUUUUUUCUUUGUCUCCCAUAUAUUUUCAUUUCAUUUUCAAGGUGGGAUCUUGGGGGUAACUCGAUGUUCACAGUGCUUAUUUAAACAUUGCACUUAAAAAUUCCAAUUGUGGUUUUGCUAAGCAGAGUUAGAAUGCAAAAGCAGAUCUCUAAAACCAAAUUCUCUUUCUAUAGUGUGACACAGGUAACCAACCUUCAGACUCGUGUAAUAAAAGCCUUUCCUACCAAGAGUUCUUCCUUCAUGCUACUGUGACAAAAAUGAUCUACUAGUAACCUGGUAACUUGAAAGUCCCAUCACACUGAACACAUGAUAAAUUUGUUCUUUUUUUUUUUCCUUUUUUUUUCCCUUUUUCCUCACAGCCUUGCAUCUUAUACUCAGUUUGGCCACCAAGUUAACAUUGUGUUGGCUUUACUUGCUUUAAAUAAAUACAGCUCUCAGGCCCAUGUGGUUUUAUCAGGUUCUUUGACUCUGUCUUUAAGUUAAAGAUGGCAUAGUUAGAAAUGGCAGUGAGAGUUCAGAACAGCAAGGCCAAGUUUUUGCUGCUGUGUAAUUUGACUGCAUCUAUAGAAAUAGCUUUCUCAGUGACUUUAAAUUAGAAUCAUCCCUUUUUUGGGGUAAUAAAUGUCCCAUUUAAAGUAUGUCCUCUCUUAGGCCCUUUGUAUCACCUGAGUUAUGGAGAAAAUGGGGCAGUCACUAAUACACAAGAAUAACUAAUUGCCUCUUUAAAAAUGCAGAAUAGCACACACUGUAAAAAAUUCGGUCUGUGUACUCUUGACUCCCUUAGGCAAUAUCUUCACCUUGGGGACUUAAAAAUAUCCUUGAGUGGGUUUUUUUUCCAACAUAAUUCUAGUUUUAGUUAUUUUAUUAGAAAUCCAUAAAGAAAAAAGAAAACUCAAAGGAAAGAAGCUUGUCUGUGGAACAGAGAGCCAGAAAUUAGAGAAAACUAAAUCUGGCCUUGGAUAAAGAAGAAGAUUAGCCUUCCCUUUACCUUCUCUGUUUCCACCCAAAGUAAAUAAAGACAAUGUUCAUUUUCAUUUCUUGUCAAUUGGGAAAUUUAUAAUUCUCAUAAUGUACUUUGAGGUUGAAAAUACAAAUGUUGGGUUAAUUUCAUUGCAUUUUGCAAAAUGCAUUUAUAAAACAAGCUGGCUCUUGGCACAUAAUGGAUUUGUGUAAAGUGUGUUUGGGGAACAUAGGUUGUAUUAGAUUGUGAGUCCUGUUGGCAGAGGUCUGCAGUGUUCCUGUCUCUUCCUGAGGGCUUGAACACACCCAGGUACUCUCUGCAUGUUAAUUGAGUCCGGAAGACAGAACUCUGAGGGGAGGAAGGAUUUUUCUUUAAAACCAGGAACAGUAUCUAUAGGUUAUUGCCACCAACCGCAGUGCGUUCAUUCAUCAUGUGAGGUGAGUUUCUUAAGUCUUCUUUUCUCUUCAGCCCCUAGAUAAAUUCGUUAGAGUAGCCUAUAUGUAUGCACAUGUAAGACCUGCUACCAGGUUUCUCUUUCUGCCCCACUCUAUUAUGCUUGCAUACUCUUGAAUUUAUUUUGUGUUUUAUAAUCCACUGUACUCCUUUCUUCUUCCUUAUCAUUGCACAUAUAAAAUUUACAGAGAAUGCUUGGAACAGAUGUAAAAACUUACUAUAAGCACCAGAUAAUUAUAGCCAAAGGCUCAUAUUUUGCUCUUAAAGUUGGGAAUAAGAAUAGUAAAUGAGCUACAGAAAUAUAGUAAUACUUGACUGUGCUUUCGAUGUUGAUACAGGGAUGAUUUCUUUUCCAGCCAAACUUUAUAGAAAAAACCUUCCAUGGAAAAAAAUACUGUCUCGAUUCCUUAGAAACAAAACAAAAGAAAACAAAAAACAUGGAAGAAAACAAAACAAACUUAAAAUCCAUUUUGAUGACAAUUUGGAAUACCAAAUUGUGUUUUUAAGCUUUCUUUUUUUAUGCUUGCAAAUUUGAAAGAGUAAUAUUUGUAAGGAAUGUGAAAUGAAUCGUCCAUGGAUUGAAAAAUAAAAGACAGGAGAAAAAAAUAUCACCUGUCAAAAGAUUCUUGGUCUACUCCUAUAUGAAAGGAUGCUAUGAUUUUAAUAUCUGCUCAAUUCCCUAAAAGUUCAGAUAUUAGAGGCACCUUAUUUUGCAAAAAGUUUGUUAAUGAGAGUCUUAAAUAUAUGGUUAUCACAAUGCUAAAAUACAACUGAUAAUAAUGUAGAACCAGAUGCAGAAUUUAGGAAUAUCACAUUGUCACAUCGCUUGGUACGUUAAAAAGAGGGACUGAUAAGUUUUGCAGAGGGACCUGUCCAAGACUUUAAAGAUUUAGGUUUUUGGCAAAUGGAAGCAAUGCUUACGUUACUUGAAAGUAGAACAGAGGACUUGAAAGAGUGUCAGUACUGCAUGUUCCAGAUUAUAAACUUUAGUGGCAUGGUUUUUAGUUAUUUAUAUAUUUCUUUCUUUCCUUUGGUGGUUGCUUUCAUGUUUGUUAAUGCUCCCGGGGGCUAUCAAGGAAUGGCUCCAUUCAAUAAAUACAAUAAAUAAAAUGAAGCACUAAGCCUUACUUUUGGCAAGGGCAGCCUGAUUAUUACACGUGUAAUCUCUAGGCCUUCGGGGAGACAUUGGGCUUGGUGGAUAAUCAUUUGGUUUUAAGCUGCUGAGUUCCUGAUAUCUGUACUUUCACUUCAGUUAUGCAGCAAAGGCAGUCACUGGGUGAGAGGCAAACUGUUCUUGUCACUUCACCCCCAGAAGCCUAUUCACUCCGAAAACUCUUCACUUUUUUGCUUAUUGUUCAGUCACUUUUUAGUUUAGUUGUUGUUUGUCAAGGUUCAAAUUAAAUUUAAAUUUGGGAGAGAGAUGCAAUCACGUAUUAAAGCUGUAAAUAAAAUGGGUUAAAGCCAAGGAAGUUGAUAGUAUAAAUUUUCUACAGACAACUGUAUCCGGAUGAACCUGUGCAAAAUAAAAUGUGAGGCAAAAAGCAUUUGCAAAGGUGUAUGCCAAGUAAGGAGACAUUUCAUUUACCCAUUCUGAAACUAGGACACAGUGAGGGGAAGGAGAAAGUUUCAAGUAAUAGAUUUGUAAGCAGGAUAGAAAUUGCAGAUAUGUAGGUAUUAUGUACAAAUGCUUAUACCUGAAGCUAAAAAUGUUACUUGUGAUUUAAUGUUUAGUAUUAUUCAGCACUAGCCAAAAGAACUACCUUGAAGAUUGCCCUUCCCAGUUUCCCUAAACUCAGUUUGAGGAAUGUUAAAGGCAUCAAAGGUCGAGGGAAGAGAUUCACAGAACAGUCAUUAACCUAGAGGUUAUGAACUGUAGUUCAUGAGUUGUUUUAUUUGGUCAUCCCAAUGUUUAAAAAAUUUGACAUUACUAACCAACAAUUUUAAGUAGAAGUUUUUAUUGUUGGCUUCUCUUGAAAUGUACAAGGUCCAGUAAUGCUUGUCCAGCUUUCCUUCAGGAUGAAUUGGGUUAGAAAUAGUAACCAUAGUGUCUCCAGAUGGGCCCAUGUCAUCUGAUUUACCUGAGCUCCCUUCAAUGUACUCCACUUAUUUAAAGUAUGCUUAGCUUUUGGAGCACUCAAGUUACCAACCUUGACUUCUAUACAAAAUUCUGGGCAACCAGAGAUGAUGAAAAUGGUAGAAAGAAAGCUAGAAACAACGUUAGCUUAAUUUAACAUGUGUUUAAAAUAUUGAUGUUGCUUGUUUUUUUAAUAAGUUUGACUCACCUGUAAAAUGGGCUUAAUUUUGCUUUACCAUAUUUCUGAAGUAAUUUUAAGGUAUUCUGAUGAAAUCAUACAAAUGAAAAUAAAUUUCAUUUCAAAAUUAAGAAAAUAAUUAUAUGCAUGUGGGAAGGGAGGGGGAGUGGAUGAUUCGCCAUCCCUAUCUUCUGCAGUGCUAAAAAAUUAAAGUCAGAACUUUUGAUUUCAACACAUAUAUUGAAAGCUAUUUUAAUGUAAAAGUAUCUGGGUGGACUUUUAGGAAAUAGAUGGAGGGAGAACCUACUUUAAAAACUUUAGCUAUUUCAGCUGAUUGAGGAAAACCCCAGGGCUUUAUAGGAGGAUGCCAUUUAAAGAGGAGGAAAAUGACUUUGUUCUAAUUAUGCUCAGUUUUGAUCAGGCAAAUGGUUUAUGGAGUCUGUUACAAUGACGUGAAAGACAAUAAAGCAAAGGCUAGAAGAGAAAAAUGCAGUGAUAUACAAAGACCUCCAGUGCCUCAAAAGAGAAGGACUUGGAGCGAUGUUGGAUAAUGCUGAGUUGGGAACAAGAACUGGGAACAGUGCUCCACAAACUAAGAAAAGCUCUUCUACAAGUGUAUCAGCAGGAUUCCUGAGUGUUAUUCAGAGGUGGCUUUUGCUCACACACAAUGUAGUAUACUGCCAGUUCUCUUAGCAUCCCAAGGGUAUUUGUGAAGGAGAAAAAGUAAUUGAAAUUCAAGCAUGUUUACUAAUGGAAGGGGCUGAAAUAUCCAAGUUGGCAUUCUUUGAGAAUUCCAUUCAUGGACAUUUACCCUGGCCUGAGGGGAAUAGGAAAAGACUGACACCACAGCGAUAUCUCUCCUUGGGUCAAACAUAAAAAAGAGGGUCAUGGACUUACAUAGAGCAUCUAGACAUAGGAAGAGGAUUGGAAUGUAUUUCUUUAUUCUAUGCAUGAAAUAUGCUACCACACAUUCACUGAUCCUAAAAGAUCUUUGAAAUGAAUUUUAAAAAGAAAGAAAAUUGGUAUUUAGAAAGUUAUGCAUAUUGGUGAAAUAUGUAUAUUUUAAAAUACACACAUACAUGAUGCUGAUAAAACUAUGUUCUUGUUUUUAUUUAGAAUUGAUGAAAAGUAGCUAAGUAAUCUCAGAUGAGAAGACACUUUAAUUUGGAGGAUUCCUAUUUUAUUUCUGAAAAGAUUUAAGGAAGGGCUGCUAGAUAGUCAGCAUUACACAAGACCAUAGCAUGUGUCUUUGUAUGUCUGUGUCUGCUUAAGUUCAUGGCGGGGGGAGUUCAGUUGGGAUGAGGGUUAUUAUUGAGAAGGACAGACAUCAAGAAAUACAAAUUGAUCAGAGUCCAGGGAGAUGGCAACAUAAGGCCAUAUAUGAAAAUGCCCAAUUGAGUACUGUCAACUUUUGGUACUGUACAGUUUUAGAGGUGAGAGAGAAGGGAGGACUACGCUGACCCUCUUUUGACUUGACCUCUGUUGGCCCUCUAGGACCAAUGUGCCUUCCCCUUAAAGACUCGAGGCUACUGUUCCAGUUAUGCUUUCCUAUCCACUCAAGUCAGAAUGCACCUAAAAGUACCCACUUUCUCUCUGUUCCCUCAUAAGAAUUCUUGCCUCCUGGGAGUUCUCAGACCCAGUUCUCCUGGGUCUGUCAGAGAUAUGGUGUUUGAUUUGGUGGGAAGGCUGAUUUAUUUGCAAAACAUAAAAUAUAUUCUUCUAUGUCCUUCUUCCAUUCCCAGCCCUGACCUCUGCCCUCAGGACUUUAGGAUCAGUCACAGCAUCAGUGAGCUCAUUUCUUUAUUAUUUCAUUCUGCCCUCUUGUUAAAAUUAGUGGGAUUAGGUUUUCAAAAUCUGAUUUGAGCAUCAAGGCUCAUUGGGGUACAGAAAGAUAUGAAAAGUUCUGUUUGUAUUUGCUUUUCUGUUCAUUUCUCCUUUAAAAUUUCUAUUUUUGAGUAUGUUUUAUCAUGCAUAUAUUAGUAUAUAUACAAACACACAUAAAUGAUAGAUUAUAUAAAUGCAAAACUAUAUACAUUGGAUUUGUAGCCAAAAGUUUUAUAUUGAUAUGGGCUUGUGACAAAAUGUUAAGUGAAUAUUGUUUUAGACAUUUUAUUUCCCAGGAGAUGAAGUCUAAGGAGCCAGACUCCCCUUGGAAUAUGUGGAUAAUCCAUUAUCUUGUGGCAACCUGUUAGAUUGUCUUUCUUGUUGUUCAUAGCUAUCUGUACUGAUCAUACCUUAUUAUUUUUUUGAGUUUCUAUUUUCUUCUCUCAAUUCCUUGUGUCAACUUUCACUUCUUAUAUGGAUAGAUAAAAAUAUGUACUUUACUGUUUAUUGAAGAAAACAAGCGCCUCUGUACAUUUAUAGAGAAAUUUCCAUCUACUCUCGGUAGGGAAAUAAGAAAAUAAACAUUGCAUAUGUCAGCAGACUGUUAUAAUAGGGGCAGCUUUGAAGAGUGGAGUUUUAAUUAGGUUAUAAAUGAGAGAGUUUAUACGAGUGGAAAUUAGAUGAUGGAUAUUCCAAAUGAAUUAAAAAGUUUGUAUGGUAGCUGGAGAAUAAGGGAAGAUAUGUAAAAAUGAUGAUGAUUUUUCAGGAAUAUUUUUUCCAUAAAAUUCCAACUCUAGUCAGACUAAUGGGAACAUAGUGACUUUUAUUAGACAGCAGUAGAAAUAUAUCAGUAGAUAUGUAGGGAUCAGAUGAUCAAGAAUGCUGACUUUUACCCUAAGGAAAUAAGGUCUGACCAAGAAGGCAUGAGAAAAUUACUGAAAGUUUCUUUCAGCAGAGACUUUUCUGUUUUAGAAAGUAUCUAAUUAAAGCGCACAUGCAUACACACACAUACACACACAUACACUCACACACACACACACACACACACACUCACACACACACACACACACACACACAGAUGUUUGGACAGAAAGGUAACAAAAUUAGAAGUGGCGAUAUCAGAGAAGGAAACAGUAAUCCAGGUAGAAGUUCUUAAAAAAUCAAUCCCUGGAUUACAGAGAUUUUGAUUCCUGCUUCUUGGUAUUUCAAGUGGAGAAAUUAACCCCUAACUAGCAUAUGAAUGUUGGAUAUAAUUAAAAUACUAAAAUUUGAAAAGCAUCUAAUUUGAAGCUCUUGGAGAAUAGGAAAUAUUCUUGACAUUUAUCUGUUAUGCUUAUGCAUACAAUACCAUGUUACAACAGCCAUAACCCAGCAUUGAUACUACUUAAUCAAAUGAUUAAAUAAUAGCAUCAAAUAGUGCUAUAUACAAGGAAGAUAGGUCAUAACAUUAUUUUUAUAGGAACAUUCAGUGUGUUGUAGUUGAUUAACAGUUUCUUAAAGAUUCUUUCUGUUUCUAUAUCCUUAUUGCUUCUGGAGUCCUGUAUUCAUAUACUUUAUUAUAAUCUCUGUAACUUCAUUUGGGUCUCUCUUCUCAUCCCUAUACUUGUAUUUUUAUCUUUCAGAUCUUUUAAAAACCAGAUUUGAUGUGAAUAUAUUUAUUUUUCUUUCAAGCUUUCUACCUGUCUGUAUUACUCUCACGCUUUCUUUUUCAUCAAGUUCAUCCUUUAAUUUUAAUUGUCUCAUGUUUAAAAUUUAGAGUAUAUUUUGUUAAUUUUGUCUAACUUUGAGAGCGUGUGAGCUGAAAAGAAGGGGCACUGGGAGAGAGAGAGAAUCUUAGCAGGCUCAUGUUCAAUGCAGAGCCCUCUUCAGGGCUCCAUCCCACAAUCCUGUGAUCAUGACCUGAGCCAAAAUCAACAAAUGGAUGCUCAGAUGGUGCCUCAUUUUUGUCUAACAUUUUAAAAUAAGUACUAAGUUUUGGUACUUUCAGUCUUCCUUAUUUAAUAAGAAUACAUAGAUUAGCCAAGUCCCAUAGGAUGUGAUACAAAGUAAUGUCCUUUUCCUUGCUCUCUAAAGAGUCCUAGCAAUCUGGACUCUUGAAAUAAAUCCCAACAUUACCAACCUUUCAUUUUAGUACUAACAAUUAUUGAAGGCCAAAUUUUUAUUGUUAAUACUUAUGA